UACAUCAAUUGUUUUAAAAAUACUUAGUCUUGAAGUAAAUUAAUGGUUAUACUUCAUGAGACUACACUGUUUUAAGUACUAUAUAGUAUGUAUUAACAGGAUCGAUGAUCCAUGUUUGUCUCAUGUAAAAGAGUUUUCAGCUGAAAAUCACAACUGUCAAACUCAAAAGUCACCAAAAGGCGACUAUAUAAGAAGGGACACUUUACCUGACACUGAUUUAUCAACAAUGGAAAAAUCAGAAUAUUUGACUUCAAACGACAACCGGUGUCGCAGUCCAUCUGUUAGUAGACAAGAUGAUCCUAUAGUCGUGGACGUCGAAAUUUACGAUUGUCCAACAGUACAUACACAGAGAGAUGAAAAUGUUUUAUUGGAAAACGUAGUAGUCAACCGAGGAGUAAUACAUCAAUUUGCCGUAUGGUACAGUCGAAAAUCAGUUAUCCCGUUGUCGUAUUUAAUCGGCAUACCGUUUGGUUGGCUGUUGCUCGGUUCAUUCCAAUAUUUUGUGUGCGUCAUCGUUCUAGGUGACAUUUUAUUAGAUCCGUGGUACUUCACGUGUACUUGGAUAGUAGAAGUCAUUUCCACGCUUCCUAUUACCUUAUUUAUCAUAGUCGCCAAAUGUCUAUACGUGCGUAUGGAAAUAUUGGAAUAUUGUGAAACAAUUACAUGGGCUCAUUUUACAUAUAUAAUAUUUCAAGGUUUGGCAAUUUUGUUACUUUUACUACCAAUUAGCGAUUUAUUUAAAUAUGUUUUCGGUGAUUUUUCACGGCCAAUCAAUUUUUUAAUUUACUGGACGGUAUUCGCUUUUCCACAUAUUAUGGUUUUAUACUUUUCUUCAUUUGGUUGUUGUUCCAAGAUGUUUAAUGCAUUCUCACGUCAUUUGCAUUGUGCUAAUAGUUGGAAUAAACAAGGACAACCAAAACGAGUACAUUUUGAAACAAAAAAGCAGCAAGUGACAGCUACACUAAAUCAUGUUAAUAACAUCGAACUUCAAGAACUGAACUAUCAUCCAAUGCUUCGUAGCAGUAAAGAUUCACAACUUUCUAUUAACAUCUAUAAACAUUUAAAUGAAUGA